UAUUUGGGAGACGGCGCACCUGGAGGGCACACCGAUCUCCAACACCAAUGCGAUCAGAUUAAGAAGCACGACAAGAUGGAGAUGCGUCCUUCUUGUAUUUAUCCUCGACAGUGCCAACUUUCCUGUGAAGGAGCUCCUCGAACACGGACCUUUCCUCCACCAACAAUACGACGACUGGAUGGAGUAUAACGCAGACUACAGUACCAUCCACUCCUUUUCGAUUGACGUGGCGAACAGCGGAAAGUCAUUCACGCCCCACUGCACUCAUCCCUGUACGGCGAACUCAACAAGGAGAUUACAUGUUUGAGAAUGGACAAGUCCCAUGACGCCAAGAACUGAAACGGCUACGUGUCGUUAGCAGAAUUCGCGAUCUGGGAGUUUAUUUCAACGUCAUGGCCAUAGACAGUGUUUCCAAAUCCGUCAGGAAACUCGAAUGGCUAUCUGUUUCCAGUGGGUCGACGGCACCGCUUGGAAGGAGACUGGAAGACGGCAUCAUGGCCCUUCAUUAUCAAUGCAUGGGAUUUGCAAUCAGCAACAUCAGGAAGACGAUUGAGCUGAAGCGACUGUCGAUUACCAUGGAGACCAACCAAGUGCGGUCUAGUUUCCUUCAUGGGCGAGCAGGACAUGCACCUAACGGUAAUCCCUAUCUUACAUUCCAUGAACUCGACACUUGGCGUGAAAGAUUGGCCCGUGGAUUCAGCACUCUUUUGCCGCAACUUGAGCAAAUGUACUUGUUAGACAAGUUCCCUAGAUUCUCGCAAGAAACCAGUACACAGGACAGUGACAGGAUGGUUGUCACGUCCGGGGAAAUAUUCACCAUGACCCACCGCGAAGGCUUUCCGACGGGAGUUUUCGAUUGAAACUGUGCUACGGCGGAGCGCCUCUCGUAUCUUCAAAUUCGCGCAUGCGCCAUUGAAGCAAGUCGAACAUUGGAGCCAUGGGGGAACCUUUGGGGGCGCCAGAGAAGGGACCGGCGAUGUCGCUUGUAUUUGAGAUAGAUAUCAGCCAGACAAUAAGGUGACGUUCGUGCUGGCGCGACGGUUGUGGCCAGGCUUUCCAAUUCUCGGGAUACGAAU